AUGAAGUUCGACAUGUUCCUCAGCGCGCGCAAGGCCUCUCCCGCCAGCUGCACGCUUUCGCUCGAGAACGCUGUCACCUCGUCACCCGGGCCUCACCACCAAAACCAAAACACCAUUGGUGCAGUUGCCACCACCAGCACGAGCACCACCAAAAGUAGUGCUACGCCAGCGAUGAGAGCGGCUCUGGAAGUCGUCUCUGCUAGCGUCACCUCCGCUGUUUCGUCGCUCCAGGCGACCAUUUCGUCCUCUACCUCUACCUCUACAUCCACGCCCACCUCUGCCUCCACGUCGGUUUCGUCUUCGGCAUCGACCCUCCCGCCCCUGAAACCAGUCCCCACCGCACCCUCUCCCCCGAAAUCACCCCGCCACGCGUUGCUCAAACGUCUCCCGCUGCCGAGUCUGCCGCUCUCCACGAGCUCGCUGUUCAACAGCGGGAGGAUGGCGAGGAACAAGAUGCUCGAACGUGUCAAGGCUGACGGGAGCAGCGGGCUGGGUAGGAAGAAGAGGUCGAGUAGCGCACCUGGGAUCAGGAGGGUGUCUGCUCCCGCGUCGUGCUCGUCACCUCUCGCCUCGGAAUCGGCGUCGUCGACGUCGAGCUCAAUGUCGUCCAGUGACUCGACGGGUGAGGCUGGAGCUGGAGGUGACGUCCAGUCUAGACCUGUGGCGAGAAGGAAGAGGUCUGUGACGCUCACUGCCAUUCCUAUCCCUUCGGGGUACACCAUGUACUCAACCCCGCCAACACCGUCGUCGAGUCCUGCGGGUGCGGACCCUGUUGCGUUCCCGUCUUCCCCCUCGUCCUCUGCGCGCGUGGAGGAGCAUGGGGCUGCGGACGGGAACGGUGAUAUUGUGAUGGGCGAGGUUGGAUCUGGGGUGGGCGAAACCACUCACACCAACACCCCCGCUCCAUCCGUCAGUGUUGUGGCUGCGGUUGAGGAGCCGCCGAGGAAGAGGGUGCGAAGGUGUUCGACUUCUAUUGGUGGUACUUCUUCGUCUUUGACUUCCUCUGCGUCGAUUACAUCUACGCCCACGCCUCCAGCUCUGGCUCUGGUUCGCCCACCCUCCCCCGCUCCUCCCGUACCAGCAUCCGAAGUCCUGGCUCGGGAGCGCCAGCCCUCCCCUCCUCCAGCAUCCUCGUCAUACCUGAAUGUCUCAAGCUACCUCCGGUUCCAAGCAUCGAUAUACCAUACGAUCCUCCUCGCUUCAGAUGGUAUCCACUCUUCCACCUCUUCCUCUUCCUCCUCAUCCACCGCCGACUCCUCAACCCAUACUCCCACCAACACCCACUCAGAAGAGUCAAACCAACAACAACACCAACAGCUCCGCCGCCGAAGUUCGCUAUUCGACGAUGACGACUACGACGACCUUCUCAACUCCUACUCUUACUCUUACUCGCACUCUUCUUAUACAAUGGAGGACGGCUAUCAAAGGAGGCUGGCGCUACAAAAGUUGGAUAAGAAGCUGUUGAUGAGGAUUUAUUUGCAGCUUUUGAUCAAGGGGCUUGGGGGGCGGAUUUUGAGGGUUGGGAAUGGGUUUGGUGGGAUGGGUGGUGGUUCGGGUGGUAGUGGUUCGGGUGGUAGUGGUUCGGGUGCGAGUGGGGGCGCGAGUGGUGGAAGGAGAAGUGAUACCGGGAGCUCGAGUGGAAGUGGAAGUGGAGGUGUCCGUCUAUCGACAGGCGAACACUGCUCCCUCGGGAACGAAGUUAGUCUGAAGAGGUCGUUGGGGAGUGUACUCGGACUCGACGAGGAUCAGAAAACCAUCACGCGCGGCGGAGGAGAUAGGGAUGGAGAUAUGAUAAUGGACGUUGAUUCUGAUUCUCCUCACGAGGAAGAGGAAGAGGAUAACCAUCCACCUCCAAGACCUGGUUCGCCGACGCCUUACGACGAACAAACCGAAUCUUGUUCGACGCCAGCCUCUGCGUCUUCUCCCGAAGCUUCAUCGCCUUCAGAAUCUUCAUUACCUUCGGAGUCUUCAGUACCUUUGCAUUCUUCAUUAGCUAUGGAACCCGAACGACCUACGACCCCUCCUAAGCCCAUCUACGACGAACCGGAGAUCACGCUUAUAGGUCAACCGUUCCCUUCUUAUGCGCACGCUAUUGCGUUUAUUUUGCUCAAACUGCGUAGUGGGAACAGGAAUGGGAACAGGAGGGGCCGAAGGAGUUCGCGGAGCCGGUCGCCUGAACCGGUGGAUGAUUCUGGUGAGAUUGGGGAAGGAGGCGAACUUGGGGAGGGGGAGAGAGGGAGAGGGAAGCAGGGUGUUGGAGUUGUUAUCGUACCCUCCCCGUUGAAGUUUGGGUGGACGCCGUACUACGAGGAGGAAGGGGAUGGGUGGUUUCGCGGCCAGGAUAUCCAUAUGGACGAACAAUACCUUGACGACGACCGGAGAAGAGCGGAAGAAGAAGAAUUGGAGAUGGAGAUGUUGGUUGAGUUGGAGAUGGAGAUGGCGUAUGGGCGGUACGACUGUGAGGACAAUGGGGAUGGGGGUUGUGGUUUGGGUUGUGGUGGGGAUUUGUGUGGGUGUGUAAUUGGGGGUACGGAUGGGAGUGGGGAUAGGGAUGGAGAAGGAGAUGAUGAGGAAGACGAGGAGUGGAGGAUGUUGAAGAGGCAGAUGGCUAGGCGGGAUUUAUCCGCCCAGUCUCCGCCUCAUUCGCAUUCUCCCCCACCAACCGCUGCGCCUUCACCGACCCCGACCUUUGUACUCGACACACCGACCCGUGUACUGGACCAACCACCGCCACCGCCACCACCACCACAGCCAUCGAUCGCCACGUCGCAGGUGCAGGUGCCCUCCUUUAGGAGUGUGACGAGGAGACUGCAGUAUGCUAGGUCUGCUGUGGCCUCUAAAGUCUAUCCCGGUGCGAGUUCCAGGGGUGGCAAGAGUUCUCCGUUGAACUUGGACACCAAAACGUCUCCUCUGAAGUCUUCGGCUACGACGACCACCAGGCAAGGUAUUACAACUGCGAAUGUGGGGCCACCGAGACGACUGCCGAGACGGUCGACGUCGCGUGCGCCGCCGAGUGUUGCGUUGAGGUGUGAAGCUAGGCCUCUCUCCGUGGCUGAGGACGCGAUGAUGGUAGAUGACGAGCCGUUGUACCCGCCUGGUCUUGAGACGCCGUCAGAUUCGCUGGACUUCCCGCCGCCUGCGUAUCCGGGUGGUUUAUCCACUACGACGUACACUCCGUUGGGAGCGUUGAAGACGGCGACGACGACGGGCUGUCGCACACCAGGGAAGUCGACGACGACGACGAGUAUCUCGAGGUCCCCGCCUGGUUUAUCCACGAGUACGUUGUGCGCGUCGUUGAAUGCUACUGUUGUUGAGAGUAUUUUGAAGCGGAAACUUGGAGGGGAUGGUGGUGAUGGACGGGGUGUAGGGGAGAGAGGAGGGGAGAAGGUGGAGAGUUAUGGUGCUGGGAAAGGAGAGAAGGGUGUGGGAGGGGAGAAAGUGGUGAGGCGGGUGCUUGGGAGGGUGGACGUGAACGUCGGUGCUGGGAACAGGGUCGAUGUGAGCGUCGUACACCACCACCACGCGCACCCGGUGGAAGCGCAGAACGUGGAUAUGGGCGAGGGUAUGGGUAUGGUUGGAGGUGGAGGUACAGGAGUGGUGAAGAAGGAUGGUCGGUUGAAGGGUGUGAAGAGGCGGAGGGUGUCGAGUUCGGCGAGUUCUCGUUCGAGUUCCGUUUCGACCACCGCAUCGAACUCUUUGGCCACCAUCUCCACUUCGCCUCAGGCUAUCCCGUCACCGCAGUUGCCUUUGGUCGCUUCUCAGUCGCCCGCUGAUGUGCCUUCGUCGACUCGUGCGGGUCUUGAUGCGUCUUCGUCGACUCAUGCAGGUCUGGGUGUAGGCUACGCGCCUUACCCCAGACCACUUGUACGUGGGAGGGCGAGGGUUCCUUCGCCUUCGAAGAUACCUGCUCCGGUCCCACCUCCUGCUCCUGUCUCGAGUUCUGGUCCUGGGUCUCCACCGGGGAUUGGACUCAGCAGGCCUAGUGGGACAGGAAUUGGACUCGGCAGGCCCAUCGGUAAUGGAUCAGGAGGUGGUGGAGUGGUGAGGAGGAAGAAGUCGAGGAAUUGUUCGUCUACUCUUCUUCGUGUUCGUGUUUCCGGUUCGGGUGGGGAUUGCGAGGGUGGUUCGCGCUCUGGGGUGGGAGGAGGAGGAGGAGGUCCGGGUACGUUGAGGAAGAGGAAGGGAGGGUAUUUUGUUGGGUUGAGGGAGGGUGGGGGGUUGUAG